CUGGUUGUGUGUCGGGCUGUAAACAAAAUCUGCCAUGUAGUGCUUCAUUCUGCGCCUCUCUCUCUCUCCCUCCCCACACACACACACACAGUCGUGCACGAAUAGACGUCGCGGUGUGUGUAUGCGCGUUGUGUUCUAGCCCGGGUUUGCUGUUGUUUGUUAUCUGAGCGCGUCCCCCGUUGACCAUGUCCCCCGCGGUGUGUGAGAUGGAGACCGCGCUCCCCCCGGCCGUGUGACAGGCGCGUGCCCCGGCAGAGAUGGCCGCACCUGCGGAGCACGAGCUCACCUUGGCCGAGGCGGAAUCCGCUAAAGACAAAUCGCAGGUUUUCGGGAUCCUUCGGCUGCAGGAGGAGAGUAAAUGCGCCGCGGAGAAAGCGGCCAGCAGCGCUAGUGCUAGUUCUAGCAGCAGCAGCAGGACGGACGGGAGAUGGCAGGCGCCCAUAUUCGCGUUAGCUCGGAAAGCCUCGGAAACCUUUUCAAGCGGAAUUCACGUCCUGCCCAAAGUGACCGAGCCUAAAGUCUGCGCUUUUACAGAGGAAUGGAGCGUUAACGCCUUCCGUGAUCCCAUGGCUAUGGAGAGGGCAAACUUGCUCAACAUGGCCAAGCUCAGUAUCAAAGGGCUGAUCGAGUCGGCUCUGAGCUUCGGUCGAACGCUGGACUCUGAUUAUCCCCCACUGCAGCAGUUCUUUGUGGUUAUGGAGCACUGUCUGAAACACGGCCUUAAAGUGAAGAAGACUUUUCUUGGAUACAACAAGUCGCUGUGGGGGCCAUUGGAGAUGGUGGAGAAGCUCUGCCCUGAGGCAGGGGAAAUUGCAGCAAGUGUUCGGGACUUGCCUGGGCUCAAGACUCCACUGGGCCGAGCAAGAGCUUGGCUGCGAUUAGCCCUGAUGCAGAAGCGACUAGCAGACUAUCUGCGUGUCCUCAUCACCAGGAAAGACAUACUGAGUGAUUUCUAUGAAAGCUCAGCAGUCAUGCUGGAGGAGGAGGGAGCCGUCAUCGUUGGUCUCCUGGUGGGACUCAACGUCAUCGAUGCCAACCUGUGCGUGAAGGGCGAGGACCUGGACACCCAAGUUGGGGUCAUCGACUUCUCCAUGUACCUAAAAAAUGACAUUGAUGAUUACAGAAGUGAAGAAAGAAACGGGCAAAUUGCAGCAAUAUUAGACCAGAAGAACUAUGUUGAAGAACUAAACAGGCAGCUCAAUUCCACUGUUCAAGGCCUGCAGGGUCGCGUGGACUCUUUAGAGAAAUCAAAUUCCAAACUCAUUGAAGAGUUGGCAAUAGCAAAAAACAACAUCAUCAAACUGCAGGAAGAAAACCACCAGCUAAGAAGCGAGAAUUCAAUAAUCAUCAUGAAGGCUCAGCGCCGACUCGAGGUCACACAGGGGGACGUAAACUGUGAGCUGGACACCUACAAACAGUCCAGGCAGGGCCUGGACGAAAUGUACAACGAGGCACGGAGGCAGCUUAAGGAGGAGUGUCAGCUCCGGCAGGAUGUGGAGAAUGAGCUGGUGGUGCAGGUUAGCAUGAAGCAGGAGAUGGAACUGGCCAUGAAGCUCUUAGAAAAGGACAUCCAUGAGAAGCAGGACACUUUGAUUGGACUUCGGCAGCAACUAGACGAGGUUAAAGCCAUCAAUGUGGAAAUGUACCAGAAAAUGCAGACGUCGGAUGAUGUCAUGAAACAGAAGAACGACAUGAUUGCACGACUGGAGGAGAAGACCAAUCAGAUAACAGCUACCAUGAAACAGCUCGAGCAAAGAUUGCAGGAAGCGGAGAGAGACCGACUUGGCACUGAAGAUGGAAUGCGCAGAUUCAAGCAAGACUUCGCCAACAAAGCAGACAGCCUCCAAAAGCAGAUCAUGCAGAGAGAGAAGGAGAUGCUGCAGCUGGAAACAGACUUAAAAAUCGAAAGGGAGUGGAGACACACUCUACAGAAUGACCUGGAAAGAGAAAAGGAGACCGUUGGCCAACUGAGGACUGAAGCACAGCAAAUAAUUGUCCUCAAAAAGGAGUUUCACAGAUUGCAGGAUGAAAACAGACAGUUGAAAGGGAUAUGUGAGGAACAAGAAAAAGCACUAGAAGAGCUGGGCUGCAAGCUCAGCGAGUCAAAAAUGAAAAUUGAGGAUAUAAAGGAGGCCAAUAAAGCACUUCAGGGUGGACAAGUAUGGCUAAAGGACAAAGAUGCCACACACUGCAAACUUUGUGAGAAGGAGUUCUCCAUUUCCAGGAGAAAGCAUCACUGUAGGAAUUGUGGGGAAAUCUUCUGCAAUGCUUGCUCAGAUAACGAGUUACCCCUGCCUGCCUCCCCAAAGCCUGUGCGAGUAUGUGAUACGUGCCACGCUCUACUCCUCCAGCGCUGCUCCUCCAAUGCCACAUAAGACUUAUACCAGUGUGUGCUGCCCAAGCAGCCGGCUUUGGCUUUAACUCAAGAGUGCCGUGAUUCCAUGCAGUGUGUCAAGGUAUAGCACAAGUGACCAAAAUGGCAUUUCCCAGUGUUUGAAGUUUACAUUUCACAUGGCAGUCCUCCCCGUGGACAGCGAGGUAGCUGUUAAAUGUUAAGUGCCCAAUGAAGGACAUGGGUAUGGUGAACAUACUGAUUCAAGUCCUUGUAAAAAAUAUAUAUUUAUUUUCUUUUUUUUUUUCUUUUUUUAAAGAUAAUCAACUGCCUUUAGCACUACAACUGAGCAGCACUAAAGUGUACUAAUAUUCCAAACAGGUGAACGACAUUCCAGUCUCUGUUCUGAGGAAUGCAGUGAAUAGUGCAUUCUUUGUAUAGUGUUAAAAAACUGUAUUAUGGAAAUACAGUGGGGAUUUUAUUUAAAUUUUGUACUAAAAUGAAUGUGUCCCUAUCUGAGAAGCACCCAUGCCUCUCGUAUAGGAAAAGUAUUUCCAUACGGCACUAACGUUUUCAAUGCUGCUCAAGUGGGAUUGGGACGGAUCCAUCAAAAUAACAGCAACAACGUCCUAAACGAAGUAUUAUUCCACAUUCUAGUACAUUACAGGCUGUGCCUAGGUGCCAAGACAUGUUCCAGAAAGUGCAGCUCAAGCCUGCUACGUACUCGUUUUGAAUGUUUAUUAUGGUUCAUCUUAACGAGUUUAAAUGUAAACUGUUAUGGAAACAGUUGUUAAAUGACAUCAAGUUUCAAAUAUUAAGGUGUAUGGAACAGUAUACAUUUCUUCAAUCACUAAAGCAAAUACUUGCAGUUUCUGCUCCCUUAUUUAAUUAUUUUUACAUUUUGUUAAGGUUAGACAAAUACGACGUAGGGCUUUGCCCCUAUUUGUAAGUUUAUAGCACAUAUCUAAUAAUUACAGUAUUUAAAAUGUUGACCACUGAAUAUAUUGAGCUGAAAUAAUUAAAAGUCACAGCUACUGUGCUGGAUUUAUGAUGAUCUGGAUA